AUGGCGAAAGCUUCCCAUACAUUGCAAAAAGGUGCUGUCGUCCAGCACACCGCCAAAGCCCAUAACCUGAAAGGUCAACUGCCUGAAGGGAGCAUGGAAUCUUUGGCAACAACCAUUCGUUUCGUCACGCUGAACUGCCGAACACUAUCGAGUGAACUCCAACAAACCACCCUGUCUAGGCUUCUGCGAUAUCUCUGUGCGCCUUUUGCUGCACUGCAGGAAACACACAUGAGAGAUCGGCCCGUCAUCAGCAUCGAAAAUUACACCAUAUACUGCGGCGAUGCUGAUGAGAACAAACUAGGUGGUUGUGUGAUAGCUGUGAGGAACGAUUACCAGAACCUGGUGGAGGAAUUUGGCUCAACGUCGUCUAGAUGCGCCUUCGUACGACUGCGAGAUCGCAGAGGACUAAACUCUGGAUCGUAA